UUAGUAUUAGUAUAACCGUCGUAAUGAAACAACUCGUCCUCACAAUAACAAUUAUCCUUAUUGUUCACGUCGAACAAUAUGGCGCCGACUACAGCUUAUCUUUACUCGUGGCUCGCCAAAUGAAAGUGGAAAACAUAAGCUUCUAUCAGAUGCAAGAUUUACCCCCACCAUCCAGUGUCAACAUAAGUAAAUACUGUAGUAAUACAAAUAAAACGUGCAUCUGGAAAUGUUGCCCAUACGGCGAAGCAGUCAUUUAUGCAAGAAAAUGUCUUCCUGCAAAGGGAUACUUGUCAAAUGCCACCUUACAAAUAUAUGACUCGAAAUUCCGUGAAGUUACAAAAACUAAUAUGGCUUAUCAGAGUACCUUCGAAAUGGUGCCGGACUACUUUUCGUUUCAACAAUCGGGGAUUAUGAGUUUGACAAGCUUUUUAGUGCCUUAUCUCACCAAGGAUGGAAUUCUUUACGGCGAGCUGCGAAAUGCUUUCGACAGGUGGAAAAAAUUCGAAGUCAACCAUUUCUGUGUUGAUGUGACGAGGAAGGGGAGGGUGGUUUACUUCGUAGAUGUUACUGAUCUCAUCACUGAUCAAGCACUGAUCAAUUUCCAUUCUACUUUUUACAGAAGAUUCGCGUUAUUUUUAUGCCUUAUACUCCUGGUAGUCGUGUUGAUCAUCUAUUCAUCACUGUCACAUUUGAGAGACAUGGGCGGGAAACUGCUGAGGACUCUAGUCUGCUGCUUCAUAGUUGUGACAGUCAUAGAAUUCGCACAUUGUACUGUUGUCGUCUACGAUUGGAUCGCUUUUGUCACCUUUUUUGAAUCAGUGCACUACUUCUUCAAUCUAGCCAUUUUUACUUGGCUGAACGUUAUGUUCUAUGAUGUUUGGAGAUCUUUGAGGAAUAAAAAUGCGGAACUUCAUCCCUCUACAGUUUCAAGAAGCUACCUUUAUAUGAAGUACAUGUUAUAUGGAUUUGGUGUACCACUUAUUUUAACGAUAUGUAUAGUUAUAUUUGAGAACACCGACGUUUCUUCUGUGCCUUGGUUUAUAACUCCUAAACUAAAUAGUUUAGCGACUUGCAAAGCAUUUGAGCUGUUGGUAUACGUGUACGCCCCUGGUACAUUUUUAUCACUAUUCAAUAUCUACGUCCUCUGGUUUGCAGUUACUAAAGAAAAUUGGGGAUCAAUUACACAUUUACCUAUAGCUACCAGCUUUUAUAUAAAAAACCGUAAACAAAACUUAGAAAGACUUGCUCAGUACGUGAAAUUGAUGAUAUUUCUAACAAUAUCGUUUUGCGUCAAAAGCUAUGCGCUUUGGAAUUACGACAUUCACCCGAUCGUAUCUACAAAUGCUUGGUUACUGGGUAUUGUCUUCAUUAUUAUAUUCUUACGCAACCAAAAUGUUAUGGAGAAAUUUUCAGAUACGAUACGCAGACCUCGAAAAGAAAAUAAAAUAGAACUGGAUCAAAUACAUUAAAUGCAUGGACAAGAAAGGACAAAUACACAAAUACAUAUUUGGAAAGUGUAUUUUGUAAGCAACAAGCAAGAAUUACCAUACAAGAGGAUAAUACGCAAUAGAACUUCAACGUUUAAGAAGACACGAAAGACACUUAUCCUAGUAUCAUUAUGAUAGGGCUGUAGACUGAUCCUGAAGAUCAUAUAGUUUCAAUUCCUGAACCAAAUUAAAUUACAAAAUGAA